CAACACAACUCACCAGAAAUAUAUACAAUUCAAUCUAAAAGAUAAAUCAAAACCAAAAGAUGAAUACCAUAAAGUUUGCUGUGCUUCUCGUGAUUGGCGCUUUGUGUGUUAAUGUCAGCGCAAGGGCGGUGUCCAAAGAGUCCAAAUUAGGAACCUCUACUCCCAAAACUGCUACAAAAGGCAUUGGAGCUGAGCUUUCUGCUCAGGCGGGAACUACAAGCUACUCAGUGUCCAGUGGAUAUGUUAGCGUAACUAGGAGCCGCAAAGGUCCUAACGCCUUUGCAGAUGGAAGUGGCUCCACAGGUACCAGCGGAAAUGUCUCUGCAGAUCGUCCCAAGUCAGAGGUUUCUUCUUCCAGUGGUUCGAACGCUCAAGGCGGUGCAGCAGGUGCAGCCGAUCGUAGAGGUGCUGCUGCAGGUGGAAAUGGUUCAGCAGCUUCCGGUUCCACUGCCAAGGGACGCACAUCUGGCAAAGGAAAAAAGAAUUGAGCUGUGAGGUGAUCAUGCUUAUGGCUCAAACCUAUUCUAUAUAUAUAUAUCACAAACUCACAAUCUCUCUUGUAUUCAUAAAUAAAACAGAGAGAUUGUUACCUUUAAUUAUUAUGAAAUGUUACUCUUUCUGUGUAAUGUCUAUGUUACAAACAAGACAAAUGCAAUAAAUUACGACCUUAUAAUC